AAAGAGUAACAUAGAUAUUAAAGGAAAUUGGGAUACAAUGUCAAUUGCUUAAAUAAGAUCUUUGUACAAAAAAAAUGUGAAACUUAUCUUCAGAGUCACAAUUUGAUUUAAUUAAUUCGGAAACUGAGAAACAUUAUACUGCUUCAACACUGGAAAAAGGAAAUUAAAAGCAUUUACUGGAUGAUAAUAAGUCUAUUAUUUAAUAAAAAAAAGUGUAACUGGUUUUACCGUUUCUGACACACGGAGUUGAAGAGUGAUAUCAUGCCAGAGGUAGAGACAGAAUCAAGUCCACACGAUGGAGAGUUAGCCAUGAGAGGAUACAAACUUCUGGAGCGCGAGGCAGAAGAGGUGGUAAAAUGUGUUAAAUACAGCUCGGAGGAAGAGGUCGUGCGUCGCCUCAUACACAACCAGCAGGAUGCACGGGAAAUAUGCACGAUCAUUGUGCAGGAUGGAACAACUGCGCUUCAUGCCCUUGCUCAGAUGUCCCGACCACAGAUACUUCAGCUGCUACUAGAUCUUGGGGUUGAUGUCAACGCUCGAAAUAAUGAGGGUAAAACACCGUUACACACUGCACUGUUGUACAACAAUUUGUUAGUCGCUCGAAUGUUGAUUGACAGCGGUGCCGACAUAAACGAGAAACUCUCAAAACGAACGGGAAUGUCGCUGUUACACAAGCUUGUACUGCGAGACAACAUUCAAGGGGUGCAACUCUUGGUAGACCGAGGGGCUUUUGUAAAUGACAAGGAUAUAAGCGGCCGAACGCCUCUACAUGUGACGUUAUUGCGCAAUAAUGCUAAGAUGACACAAUACUUGAUCGAAAAGGGUGGGGAGGUGAAUGCGGUCGACAAAGCCGGGGACAGUUUGUUACAUAUGGCUUUGCAAUACAAAAACACAGAUAUAUCUAAAGUUCUCAUACACAAAGGUGCUGAUCUGAACAUGAAAAACAAACAGGGGUUAACUCCUCUGCAUUUAGCUGUUGACGGACCUUACGUUGAACUUACUAGGAUGAUUUUGAAGAAAAGUACAACCAAUGUGAAUACGAAAGAGAAGUUAAUGGGUCGAACCCCACUUCACUUGGCUUGUGCCCACAAUAGCUCAAAUAUUGCAAGGAUGUUGAUCGAAAAUGGUGCAGACGUGAAUUUAUCCACAACUUUUCGGAAAUCUCCAUUACACAUUACUGCCAAGCAUAAUGCUACUGACACAGCUCAACUGCUGAUAAAACAUCAUGCAAAUGUGAACAUGCUUACUGUUGGAAACAAAACACCGCUACACGAAGCUAUCGAAAGCGAGAGUUACAACAUAGGGACAUUAUUAGUACAGGCCGGAGCGAACAUUAAUUUCCGUGACCUACAUGGCUUGACCCCUCUACACUACGCUACAAACGCUCAAUCGAUCAGCUUCAUGAGCUUUCUGUUACAUAAUGGUUCACUGGUCAACUUACGCGAUAACAAACAGAAAUCCGUACUUCAUCAUGCAGCGUUGAUCGGAAAUACAGAUAUUUGUGUAUUCCUUCUAAAGACUGGAAUUGAUAAAGACUCCCCCGAUGAGGAUAACAAGAAAGCGGACUUCUAUGCAGAAACUCCAGAACUUAAGAAGCUUCUCCAAGAUGGAAUUAAGAUUGAAGAAAGUAAACCUUUCCAUUCAUUUCGGAAAGGUACAAACUACAAAUGACACUGGCCUAAGUGGAGUUUACUAUUGCCAUUCAAUAGAACCCGUUGUCUGUGAGUACUUAAAUGUGGAACUUGAAAGACGCCAUAAUGAAUGGAUCCUUCUUGAAACAGAAUAUCUGAGUGCUAACUUUUACAUCAAAAGCUUUAUUACAUGUGAAAGGCCAAUCCGUGGAAUAGUUUUACUUUCAUGACACUGAACAUGCUAAACUUUUCUGUAUUCUUCAGCAUUGAUUUAAAAUUUCUGAGCAAUAUGUCUUUUGAACAAACUCAAAGAAGAUUUUCUUAUUUUCGCUUCUCUUUAUAUUCGUCUGUCAGUGAGUACAAUACACUUAUAUCAAAUAACUGCAUUUUGAUUUAUUGGGGUGUUACGCUUAAAGCUUUAGAAAUCACUGAUAAUAUUUGAUGUGCAUUUAAAAUGUAUCUGUUUGAGAUAUUAAAAGAUAGUUAAUGCC